ACACCGAUCGAUUCGCGCAAUACACGAGAAAAUCGUUUUUAUUUACAAAGUUUCCAGCACGUUCUGCUGAAGAAAACAAAAAAAGUGAUGUGCUAGCACUGAUACCUUUCGAUAGCUAUUACACAUGGGUCCGUGUAAUCGACACUUUGGCGGACUUGACCUAGUAACCACGUUGCUAAGAAACAGUGCGUGUUAGCAGUUGCGGCGGCGGCGAAGCAUAUUAUUUAGUUCUCCGACACUGUAUCUAAUUGAGAAUAAUAUUUUUCGACUAUUCCAUUAUUCUCGUCACCGCCUGGAAGGUUAUUCGGACCGAAAACCUCUCAAAAUGGCUUCGAACCAUCGCAGUUGCGGCCCGUCCAGGAUACAGUGGUUGGAACAGAAGUCCAUGAAAAACGGAUUCAAGCCCGGAGUGUACGAAAAGUACGGGCUGUAUGUGGGCAACUGGGAAGACGACAAGAAACAAGGAAAAGGAAAAAUGUUUUACAAGAACUAUACAGUUUACGAGGGAGAUUGGGUCGCGAACAAAAGACAUGGUUUUGGCGUGCUGAUGAAGAAAGUUGAUGACCAUUUUGUAUACGUUUACGAAGGACAAUGGAUCAAUAACCGAUUCGCUAAAGGCAAAUUGUACGAAGCGGGCGGCAUUUACGAUGGUAGCUUUUCCAUGACCGGUAACAGAAUAAAAUGCGGUUACGGGACCAUGCGGUGGAACGACGGUGCCAUAUACCAAGGUCAUUGGCGAAACAAAGAACACGACGGCCGAGGAAAACUCACAGAAGUGAACGGUAACGUUUACGCCGGACAAUGGAGAAAUGGUUUGAGACACGGUGAAGGUGUGUACGUGUUCAAAGACAAAGGUCAAUUGAUGGAGGGCGUUUGGAUCGGCGGAGAGCUGAAACUCAGCACCAUCAGAUAUCUCGACGAAUCGACCAUUGCGCGAACACAAUAUGUGAUGCCCGAGAUUUCCAAAUCUGACGAGAAAAGUAUAGGAGAAGAGUACGAGAACGCGAAAUCGAAAAUGCUCAAAAACCUGUGAAAAAUAUCGUAAUCGUUGCGUUAGGAAUUUAUACAUUUUAUAAAAUAAUAUUAAAUUGUGAGUAUAAUAUAAUGUAUACGGUAUGAUAUAACAAUCUACCAUAGUAUAUUGUGUACUACCGAAGGGUAGGGGGCAGUGUCGAAAUCGUCUGGCUGAGCGUGAAUAAUUUUUAUGUUUUUUCCGUGAUCUGAUAAUGCAGUCGAGAAAUGCCAUGUCGUUUCGGUUGCUCCCAUUCAGAAGGACAGUUUUACGAGUUUGCCAAAUAAUAAGGAUAAUACAUUAAGCACGGUAGAUUUAAACUAGGAAUCCCGAAUCGGUAUCUGAAUAUUUCGGUUCAGCUCCUUUUGUUAAGCUUGAUGAAGUAUCCCAGCGAUUAAACAUUGUUCGAGGGUAACUACAGUAAGUAUAUGGUUGUGUGAUCAGGGUUUCCAACGAUAUGGUUGUACUAAGGAAAUUAUUAUAACAUAUUAUAAUAUGCAAAUGUAAGACUUCCUUUGUAAUUAUUAUACGUCUUAUAAUGUACAUAAUAUAAUGAUAAAUUAGUUUCAGUCUAUAUAGGCUCAUUAUUUAG